CCUCCCCGCGUCGACACCGAAGUAAAGUUCCGGACCAAAACUUCAGCCGGAAUUGCUCACCCGUCUGCGCUACACUGUCCCCAGGCCGGAACGAUCUGCCGCAUCCUCCAGGUAAACGCCAUGACCUACGCCCGCAAUACCACGGUCGCCGUCAACCGGACCCGCGACGAGAUCGAAUAGACGUUGAACCGGUACGGCGCUGAUGGUUUCGCCUAUGCCACCCAGGGCACCCUGGCUACCGUCAUCUUCGUCAUGGAAAACCGUCAAAUGCGCUUCGUCCUGGAGCUACCCGAUCCCGACGACUUCCGCCUCACCAACCACAGUCCGCCCCGGGAGCGCAGCCAAAAGGCCCAGCAGGAAGCCCACUGCCAGGCCUGCCGCCAGAAGUGGCGGGCUCUGCUGCUGGUGAGUGUCAAGGGCAAGCUGGAGGCCGUUUCCGCCGGCAUCUCCACCCUGGAGGCCGAGUUCCUGGCCAACAUCGUCCUGCCCGACAACACCACUGCCGGCCAGUGGAUGCUGCCCCAGAUCGACCGGGCCUACCGCACCGGACAGAUGCCACCUCUCCUGCCCCUGGGUCCCGGUCCCAACCGCCGGCCUGACCGGCCCAUCCCAUUGCCAACUGCCUGACCGGCUGCCUCCGUUAUUGGAACCGGUGAUGAACGACAAUUGCCCCGGCGGGCCGGUUGGCGCCCGUGCGCUGGACGGGCGUUUUCACCGCAGACCUUCCGCCGUGGAGGAGCGAAGAUGGUGGAACAACAGAAACCCCCGGUGUCCGAGUUGGCCCUGGCCGAUGCCCUUGAGUGCCUCGUCGUCAUGAUCAACGAACUCAGGAUCGACGUGGGCCUCUGCGUGGAGGCCACCGUCGACGACGCCAGCCUCGUC